AUGGCGCCGGCACUGCCUGUCUAUACACGAGGAGAGAUUGAGAAGCUAUUCCCAGUUAUGAGGAGUGAAGAAAUACCACCUAACUGCAGUUUGUACCAAUUAAUUCAAAACCAGUGUACUUAUGACGGGAACCGGGUGAUAUGUCUGCCCUUCAAGAGGGUUUUCCUAAGGUGUUUGGAAACACGGAACGGCGAGGUUGUUGGGUACAGGCUGCAGCCAAAGCAUGGAUUAAAGGAGGGAGUUUACAGAGACAUUGAGGUGACUAGUCGGAGUGACAAUACCUACACGAUAAAUGACGAAAUCCAAGAUUUCUUAAGAGCAGAUUCUGUCCUUCAAGAGAAGAUGCAAGCGUAUUAUGAGAGACAUGUAUAA